AUGAAAGACAAACACAUUCUGCAGAACCAACAUGUUGCAGUUCGAAAUCGGCCGAAGUAUGUCGAUGCGGUGAUUACUCCCACUGUGCUGUUCAGCUGGCACACGCUGCCCCUGACCCAGAAGCAACUUCAUGACCUCAACAUCGUGCAGAGGCGUAUGCUGCGUUCAAUUGUUGGUUGGCGACGGGUGGAUGGUGAAGCCUGGUCUGACACCAUGAUGCGCGUGCGUCCGGCCACUAGUGCCGGUGUUGUCCCCGCUCGCCCACCGAGCCCUGACAUUGACUGGAGACACAUGCUGCGUUGA